AUGGAGUCCACAUCCGACUCGCGGUCGCAUACGCCCAUGUCCGAAGCCGUAGGACAUGGUGCAUCAGCUGGGCCUACUAGCAUGGCGCGAACUUCUUCGCAAGCGCGGAAUCAACCUGUCAAGCGUUACGACGGCGAGCCACUCUCCCGCACCGAUGUGCAGCACGCGAUGCUUUGUUACCUGUUUUCCGACACACGCCGCGUUUUUACGAAUCCACGAGCGGGUACACGCGGUGCUCCCAUGUCGACGUUUGUACACAGCGUCGCUCAUGGCGGCCACGAGACGCAAGGAUCGGCCUCCAACGCGAAUGACUCUGACAAGUCGGCGCUCUCCCAUGCACCGCCGGCGGUGCAGGCGUGUGUAACUUCCGCUAUGGCUGGCCCCCAUCCCUCGUUCGUGUGGCCGUACGGGCAAUCCGCCGGCUCAGCACGCCGCUCGGACGAGUCUCCAGAGGAGAAAGAGGCGUGGGAAAAGCGGUGCUCGGACUACUUGACGUGGCGCGAUGCACACUACCCCAUGUCGAUCACGCCUGUGAAUGAACUGACGGACGAGGACAAGCAGAAUGACGCUUGCAUGGCAUGGGCUCAUCCCGGAGCCGAGAAGCUCACGUUCAAAGAACUCUAUAUCGAGGCUCUGAUGAACAGCGGCAAGUGCACCAAGAGCAUGCGUGAAAAGUGCUUUUUGGACGAGGAGUAUGCCGAAGACUUUUCGAAGGUGUGCCUGCUGGUCAAUGUAGGCCGCAUUAAUACCACACUCGCGUUCUACCCGGAGAUGAAGACGAUUUUGCGCAGCUAUCAUCCCCUGCCAUCGCUGCAAAAAUCCGAGAACACGCGUCGUAAUAUGCAGGACGCACCGCGUAUGAAGUCAUUGCUCAAAGCUGUGCUUCUCCCAUCGGAGCGCCCUGGUCCUCCUGGCGGCUCAGGCACCGCCUCGGCCUCAGCCAAGCACGAAGAAGGCACAGAUACGGAGGAAGUACCCACGGACGUGGCUGAGGUCGCUCGGCGUCUGCGUCGUCAGCGGUAUCCGCCGACGUCGGUCGUCACGCUCAUCUUCCUAUUGACGCAGCAGUCCACGGAUAUUAUGUCGAUGCACUUCCCUCCGCCAUUCGACGUUCACUCCCUCUUCUUCCCGCAGGCAUCGCACCCCGUCUCAGCCAAAGACCGAGCGAAUGUGUUUCUGUGGCUCUUGUACCACUACCUCGAGGGCCCUGCUGCCCUGCCGCCUGGCGCGCCAGGCACGGAGAACCCCUUCGACGAUGAUGUCUCACGCGCCGCACGCCAUCGUGCGCAUGAAGCCUGGAUUCAACAGGGAUCGGUGCCGCUCUCUGAAGCGCAUCCACUGUGGCAAGGCACGCCGAAUCCAGCCUAUGCCAAGUGGUGCGAGAUGUACGAGCAUCUGCUCGAUCCAAAUGGCGACACUUAUGCGUCUGCCACAUCCCGGCGCUUCAUCAAGAAGCGCGGAGCCGACCCUACUGACGAGGCAGAUGUUCCAGCAUGCCCCGAGUCGCACACGGAUCGACUCCUCGUGCCUGCGAUGCCCCGCAUGUCGCCGGACGCGUAUGCCCGCGAGGAUGCAGACCCACCUGAGGAAAUCGCAUGGGGCAAGCAAAUGCAAGAAGAGCGCGCAGCCUUCCUUGUACGCUUUCAGGAAGAGGAGCAGGCCAAAGUGCUUGCACAGAGCGGCAUACUUGACGAUCCCGAGCAUGGUCGGUACGACGAGGCACGACCUAAGAAACGACUGCCGAUGAAUACCCAAAGCUGUUAUCCACUGGCCAACAUCCUCGCGAACGCCGCCGCGGCAGGAUCCCACGCUGGUGCCUUGACUCGCUCGCCGAUUGGAUUUGUGAAGCGUGCGCGUCUCUCGUCACGACACUCUCACUCAUCACGGGACCACCGACUCGCGUCAUCUGACUUGCACGAUCUAGACCUGGAUAUCGAUGGUGAUGAGCAUGGUGACGAGCACUCUCAAAAUUCGUUUUGGGACUUGGACCUGUCCGCAGCUAUGGGCUCAGCACCGGCCCCUUCCAUGCUCCAACGCGCUUGGGAGCGUAUCAAGCUGCAUGCUGACCAGGACGACGAGAAACACGAUUCUGAUGACGACACGAACGAUUCAGAUGAUGAGGCGAUGCUUGCACGCCAACUCCUUGUCCUUCGGCGCACGCGCGAGGCUCGAGGCGAGAACAAAGCGCAGGUAGCGGCCGUGUAA